ACUGUACUUAAAGUCCUGUGUGUGUGCAGCUGCAGUGACAGCGAAGGUGGAGAACCUCCUUCUUUCCACUACCUGCUCUGGAAACCCUUCAACAGCCAAUUGGGGGCAACACAGCAUGAGCACGCCUUCCUGAGCACACCAGUUACACCGAUGAAACUGCUUAAGGAAGUUAAAGAAACUUUUUCUAAAGCUGGGAAGCUUUUUUAGAAGAAGAUGGAAAACCCACUUCUUUUAUUCCCCCAGCUAAACAUUUCUGCUUCAAAGGAUAAAUCCUAUUACAAAGUCUCGAAGUCAGCAGUUAUGGAAGAGCCAAAUAAAGCAAGCAAGGCUGGAGCAAAGCAGAAGAGAAAUAGGCUGAGCCUUCUCCUGCAGAGAUCUGAAUACCACGAAAGUGAACAUCUUGGUAAACCUGGAAACUUGACAAAAGCAUCAAGUGUGUCUCCUGAAGAAGCAGUGAAAUGGGGUGAAUCUUUUGACAAAUUGCUUUCCCAGAAAGCUGGACUGGAUGCCUUUACAAAGUUUCUGAAAACUGAGUUCAGUGAGGAGAACAUCGAGUUCUGGAUAGCUUGCGAGGAUUACAAGAAAAGCAAAACUACACAUGAACUCUUCCCAAAAGCUAAGACCAUUUAUGAAACAUUCAUAAGGAAAGAUGCUCCAAAAGAGGUGAAUUUGGACUUCCAAACCAAAGAAGUUACAAGUCAGAAUAUUGAACAGCCCCUCAUCACCACCUUUGAUGCAGCACAAAACACAGUCUACAGGCUGAUGGAGCAAGACUGCUAUCCGCGUUUCCUAAGAUCUGAUACUUAUUUAAAUUUGGUUAAGGGAAGAAAUCCCGGUCGUCCCACUCUUAGGAGGCGGUCUCGAUCUUUUACAGUCAAUGAUUUCCAGGGUGUGCGGCCAGACUUUACUGCUUGGUAAUAGGAAACACAACCCUUACAAAUUCUAGCUACUGCAAGCAAACUGUAUGUGUGCUCUAAAAUCCAAAUCCUUAGCUGGUGUAAAUAUGUAGAAAACAAAAUUGCAUGCAUUUAUACCAGGCCAUAGUUCUGUUACCAGUGAGUAAUCUCAUUUAUCGUAGCUAAGUGGGCACUAUAUAUUGGCAAGACAUGUUGUGUGAACCUUUUGUACAGUAUUUUUUUUUAACUCAGUCAAGAGCUGUUACCAUAUCUGAAAGAAGAAUCUGAGUUUCCAACAUGAAAAUGUUGUUUAAAAGGCCAUUUGAUAACAUCCAUCAUAUAUUCUGAGCCUGUAUUAUUUAAAACAGUUUCAUCACAAUUUGAAUCUAUAUACACAACCUUUGCACAUAACUUUGUUUUUUGCAGUAUUUCCUACACUAAGCACAGAAUAUUUCUGGUAUUUCUCAUAUUGCAAAACACAUGGGAACAUUAGUUGGGUGAAAUGUAAAAAUUAUAUGGAUUUUAACUACAGCCACUGCAUAAUUAAAAUUUAGCUAUUGCAUAUUUUAAGAGAAUCAUAAGAAAGCCUAUUUAAUUUUUAUAGGGAUAUAUUUUGUACUGUUUUCUUAUGUGUGUCUGUUCUCUCUGUUCUCUCUAUUUAAAUUAUUCUGUAUAAAUUCGCUUUGUCAUCACGUGUUCUAUUUUUUUUGCAACCAAACAAGCAGCAAUCAAGAACCAAGAAUGCUAUUUUAAUGGAAUGUGUGUUAAUAUCAAGUAAUGUAUAUAUAUAAAUAUUCACUUUUAUUUGUAAAUACUCAUGUUAUACCACCUUUGUUACUAAACUUUGUUCUAAUUUUUGUCUGCCUUUUAAUUUUCAGACUCUUUCAAAAUAACAGCUCUUGGACUAAGUGGAAUAAUGUUCAGUUCUACCUGUCAUAGAUGUACUCUCUGUGGGUGUAGAGCAGGAAGGAAGAAUCCCCCAUUUUAUUUGUUUAAAGUCAUGCAUAUCAUUUUCGUAGCAAGCAUAUGCAACCACCCUUUUCUUUCAGGAUUGAUGCAGACGUAUUUAGAAACAUGGGGAAAUUCUUAAAAUCUUACAUGUUGGUUCUGUUCAGCAACUAAGUGACUCCAGGCUUUAGUUGGAACUGUGACUUGUACACGCAGUCACCUUGCAUAGAAUGUAAGCUUUCUCCCUUUUCCUUCUCGUUCAGUAAAUGGUCAAAGUGAUGAGGUGCAGCUCAUCAUGAAUUUUAUGUUCAGUACUAAUUCAGAGCAUAUAUGAACUGCUUGUUCUGAGGACUUCAGUGUCUGCUUUACUAACUUUCAAUAAAUCUGAAGUGAUCUACUUAAAAA